UCUGACCAGCCUGCAGCACCUGCAGAACCUGCAGCACAACUCGGCCCUGCACAGCCACUCGACCCCGUUCAGCGUCACCGACAUCCUGAGCCCGAUCGAGGAGUACCGCAAGCUGGAACUGACCGCCAAUCCUCCCUCUCCCUACAGCGGCGGCAGCAGCGUUAACUCACCGAGUGCCCUCGGAGCGAAUACCACCACCGGCAGUACGACCGGAAGCAUGGCAAACCCGUACGCGAUGGGCCCACUGUACCACAGUCCGGGCGUGCAGAGUUACUGCGCGCCGACGGACAACCUGUCGCUGGCCGGCCACUACACCGAUAUGCGCAACUCGGCCGCCGGCUGGUACGGCUCGACCGCCAGUGAUCCACGCUUUGCGAUAUCUCGACUUAUGGGCGGCUCGGCCGGCGGUACGAUGGGUCAUGCAAUGUCAAACAUGGGCAGCCUGGCGGCGUGCAGCGUGUCCGACACCAAACCGAUGCAGUUUCCGCUUGCACAGCGGCGGAAGCGACGCGUACUCUUCACGCAGGCGCAGGUCUACGAGCUAGAGCGAAGAUUCAAGCAGCAGAAAUAUUUGUCCGCCCCGGAACGCGAGCACCUAGCCAGCUUAAUACACCUCACCCCCACACAGGUGAAGAUCUGGUUUCAGAACCAUCGGUACAAGUGCAAGCGGCAGGCCAAGGAGAAAGCCAUGGCCGAGCAGAACCAGCACAAUCAGUCAGCCAGCUCACCACGACGUGUGGCCGUACCAGUACUAGUUAAAGAUGGCAAGCCGUGCUCUGGCGGGUCGAACGGCAGCAGCAACAGCAGCAGCAGCAGCAACGGCAGUGCCGGGGCCGGUGGUAGCGCCAGCAACGGAAGCGGCGGCCCGGGCAGCAGCACUUCCGGCGGUUCCGGCGGCAGCAUCGUGAUGCUGAACGACUCGAGCGCCCACUCGCCGGACACGGCCACCGCGGCGCUGCUGUCGUCGUACAAUGCCGGCGCCGCCCACCAGCACCAAAUGCUGCAGCAACCGUGCAAUAACGCCCUCAUGUCUAACAGCCUGGCGAUGGCCUACCGGAACCAGAACAACUUCAUGGCCAACAGCCACCAGCAGCAGUGCGGCGGCUACCUGCCGCUGCAGACGCGUGCGUGGUAA